AUGAGUUGCAGAAGUCGCGUUCUCGAUGUGUCUUCUUUGGCUGGAGAUUUUCUAGCAUACCAAAUGAACCGGAUGGAUUAUCAUGAGUUGCUAUCGACUUCAUUGUGUGUAUUAAUCGAUCCUUGCAAAAAGGAACAUCCAAUUGUAGGGACACGACAUUUACUGGUGGGAGACGACAUUUUGAUUCCACCAGCCCACAAACUAGUGGAUGAGGAUUACUUACCAAUUGGUGCUGUCAAACUCUGGGAAUAUAAGGACAAAUCAUUUUGCCCUGAAGGAUUACAGAAAGAAAUCGUGCCUCGGGCAGGUAGUCACAAUGAAUUUGCCCGGUUAGAUAGAAACGUCGUCCCCAUAAAGGGCAAGAGUAAGAUGAUAUCAUCGCAUCGCAUUGCAUUAAACCUCUUGUUCAUCACACCACGGACCUUGUGGUUUAAGCAUGAACGGGCCAAGAAAUCACGCUUCAAAGUCUGGAGCAAAAUUUGCCACAAAAUAUUAAUAAUAAACGCAUAA